AUGGGCGCAUUUAUCAGAACACGCCCUACUCUUAGAGACGCUCUUAAUUUACAGAGAAUAAUUACGGGCCCACCCUCUAGAACUGUCUCUCCUUUCAUCUUUCGAAAAUCAUUACGGCUGCAAAAUUCACACUCACUACUGUCGCACUUUCAUUUGACCGCUAGACAUCGCAUUAACAACGACAAUUCUACUAGUCUUCCUAGAAAAAGUAAUCAUUGUGAAGAUAGUUCCACCACGCCUUCUUCACCGAGACCUGAGUAUGAAUUGAUAUUUACUUGUAAGGAAUGUGAGGCACGCUCAACUCAUCGUAUCUCUAAGCAAGGCUACCAUCACGGAUCUGUUCUUGCAACAUGCCCUGGCUGCAAAAAUCGGCAUGUUAUUAGUGACCACUUGAGAAUUUUUACUGAUAAAGAUCUAACUAUCGAAGAUAUAAUGCGUGAACAAGGGCAACGAGUCAAAAAAGGAAUUCUCAGCGAUGAUGGCACAGUUGAGGUAUGGUCUGACGGAGAUCCAAGAGCUGACACAUGA